AUGAACACAUACCUGGCGAUGGCGAGCGGGACGGUGACAACGUUUAUACUCAGUUCAUUCGUCGACAAUCUCGGUCGAUUCAAUAUGAUUCACAUUCAGAGCUCGACACUUUCAGGAGGAGUGGCUAUAGAACUAAUGAACCGUUUAGGAUCAGCAGCCAACGCCGUACUGUAUCCAUCUCACGCUGUUGCCGUUGGCAUAUGCGCAAGUUUCGUUUCUGUAAUCGGUCAUGCUUGGCUGAGUCCAAAACUCGAGAAACGCUUCAAGCUGUUCGACACCUGUGGCGUACACAAUCUUCACGGAAUUCCAGGAAUUCUAGCUGGGAUCUUCAGCAUAAUUUUCGCACUUGGAUAUGAGCCGGAAAGCUACGGAAAAACGCUCUACCAUAUAUAUCCCUACUUCGAGGGUGGUCCAAUGAAUGGUGACAGGAAUCGUGAAAUCCAAGCCCUUUAUCAGUUGGCCGGCAUGGGCACGGCUCUUGCAUCAGCUGUUGUUGGAGGUCUUAUCACGGGUACGACGGUUGUGUCCUUGAUUUGGCUACUUAUCUAUGGGGGAAAGACCACUAAUUUUCGUCGGCAUGCUCUCAUUUCUUGCUGGAACUACACUGAGAUCCCACUCCAGCCAAAUCUGAGGGUUUAA